AGGUUGCUUACUUUAAACACUUUUUUUAUCUAUUUCAGAAACAGCAAGAUAUAUAGUUUAAAAAUAUAUCCAUAAGCAGUUAGCAAUGAUGAGCAAUGGAGAAAACAGUAGACACCAAGAAGUUGGACACAAGAGUCUCUUGCAAAGCGAUGCCCUAUAUCAGUACAUUCUUGAAACAAGUGUGUACCCGAGAGAGCCUGAAGCCAUGAAAGAGCUAAGAGAGAUUACUGCAAAACACCCUUGGAACCUUAUGACCACCUCUGCUGAUGAAGGUCAAUUUUUGAAUAUGCUUCUCAAACUCAUCAAUGCCAAAAACACCAUGGAAAUUGGGGUUUUUACUGGUUACUCUCUGCUGGCAACUGCUAUGGCUCUUCCUGAUGAUGGCAAGAUUCUAGCAAUGGAUAUUAACCGCGAUAACUAUGAGAUUGGUCUUCCAGUAAUUGAAAAGGCUGGUCUAGCGCACAAAAUUGAAUUCAGAGAAGGCCCUGCACUUCCUGUUCUUGACCAAAUGAUUGAAGACGGCCAAUACCAUGGAUCAUAUGAUUUCAUAUUUGUGGAUGCUGACAAGGACAACUAUUUGAAUUAUCACAAGAGAUUAAUCGACUUGGUUAAGGUUGGUGGAGUAAUUGGGUAUGACAAUACUCUAUGGAACGGAUCAGUGGUGGCACCACCUGAUGCACCCCUUAGAAAAUACGUUAGGUAUUAUAGGGAUUUCGUAUUGGAACUCAACAAGGCCUUGGCUGCUGAUUCCAGAAUUGAAAUCUGUCAGCUUCCUGUUGGUGAUGGUAUCACUUUGUGUCGCCGCAUCAGUUAAAAUAUCAAGGCAUUAUUUUUGAAAUUUCCCCUAUUUCGAAUUUUUCAUUAUUUUACGCUUUAUUUUUAAUUCUGUCUUUUCUGGUAAAAAAUUGUUGUCUAUGUACCUAUUGAUUAAUUUUACAAUGUAUUUUCAUAAAUAAGAACAAAAGUUCAAGUAAAUUAAGUUUCAAGGUCAUUGUCUAGUUAUACAAAAUACCCAAAUGAUUAAAAAAAAAAAAUCUCAAUUUCAGAUUAACCAAGCUGGGGAGGAUUAGGACUGGGAAAUAAGACUUGAUAUUUUUGGGGUUCAUGAUAGGUAACCCAUUUUCUGUAGGUCCAGCCUAGCUGAAUUGUAGGUCCAAUACUCAGUGGACUGUGAUUUAAUUGCAACUGUCCCAACAUUAAAAUUGAAGAUGGCAGUUGUGGCACAAAUUGUCUUCAUGUAAAUGAAAUUUGUGGUGUUCUAUCGCGUUUCUAACACCAUGU